AUGCUUCAUGACACAUGCUACUCACAUAAAGCUAACCAGGAGAUGGCGCAGAAACUCUCCCGUACCUGUACUACCAAAUCCAAAUUAGACAGCAUGGUAUACCCACUGUCGCUGCUCUCUCAAAAAUCCAAUCCUGUAUUCUCGGGUAUCAACAUGAGUAAAAGCCCGCAUGUAGCCAUUAUUGGUGCAGGCUUUUCUGGCCUGAGAUGCGCAGAUAUCCUUAUACAAAAUGGCGCGCGAGUGACAAUCUUUGAAGCUAGAAACCGUGUCGGAGGGAGGGUUCACCAAAGCAAGGUCGGGGGUCGCUUAAUAGAUCUCGGUCCAAACUGGAUCCAUGGCACCGGUACAAAUCCAAUAGCGGCCAUUGCAGAAAUGACCAAGACGACCAUGGAAGAUUUUGAGGGAAAUCAAGUAUUCAUCUCUAUGGAUGGAAGCCCUAUUGACGACAACACAGCUACCAAAAUCUCGGAGUUCGUGUGGAUGACCAUUGACGAAGCAUUCAAGUACAGUAACGCUUAUAAAGAUUCUAUCCCACCGGAACGAAGUCUGCUAGACUUCUUCCUAGACCAAGUCGAGAAAGCAAAUUUUACUCCGGAAGAGAAAAAAUGGUGUAUUGAGACCUGCAGACUAUGGGGAGCAUACGUCGGUGACCCAAUCGAAAGGCAAAGUCUGAAGUUCUUUUGCCUAGAAGAAUGUAUAGACGGCAACAACUACUUUGUAGCAUCUACGUACAAAGACAUACUAGCCUACGUCUCCAGAGCCGCCCUGCAGCAUGCCGAUAUCCGAUUUAACCAACCAAUCACCAACAUCAACUCCAACGUCCAACCAGACCCAAAUGCACCUCACAAAACAACAUUAACAACCACCACAGGCGAAACUCACACAGCUCCCUCCCCGUCUCGUCCAAGCAAUCGACAACAUCUCCUAUGGCCGCUUAGAAAAGGUUUACAUCUCAUUCCCCCAGCCUUCUGGCACAAGAAUCCCAACGACCUCACCACCGGUGGAGUCGCAAGUUAUAGCGCCUAUGAGCGUCCAACCUUCGCACAAUUCCUCGACCCCACAUACACAAAAGGACCCGAGGGUAUUCUUUGGAACCAAGAAUGCCUAUCUCUAGCCGCUCUCCCGGGGGACUGCGCUCAUCCAACUCUCCUAUUCUACACUUACGGGCCCUGUGCUACAUAUAUAGUAUCCAAAGUGGCCAACCUCAACCCCUCGUCUCAGGAAUAUUAUGAUUUCCUCGAUGACUUCCUUCGCCCAUUCUACUCCCGUCUGUAUGGGUAUUCAGAGUCAUCGCCCGAUUGUAAACCGCUCGCUGUAAUGGCAACCCAGUGGCAGAAUGAUCCCUACGCCGGGAAUGGGUCGUAUUGCAACUUUCAGGUUGGGCUCAGUAAGGGCGAUCGAGAUAUCGAGAUUCUGAGAGCGGGACUCGGGCCGGAUCGUGGAGUGUGGUUUGCUGGAGAGCAUACGGCGCCGUUCGUUGCGCUUGGGACGACGACCGGGGCAUACUGGAGUGGUGAGCGUGCUGCUGGACAAAUCUGUCAAUUGUAUGGUCUUGGUAGAUUGGGGCUAGGCUUGGAAAGGGAUGAUUCUUUACCUUCGGCCAGUGGGAAAGGGGUUGUCACUUCCGUGGACUGA